AUGAAAGAUGGAACUGAGGCAGAGUUUCCAUGCCCUGAUAUCGCAAAGACGUACCGCGCAAUAAUGGGCGGUGUGGACUUGGCAGAUCAAAUGUCGGGAUUGUAUGAUAUAAACAGAAAAUCAAAUAAAUGGUGGAAAAAAGUAUUUUAUCGUGGCAUGAUGAUGGCUGCUGUAAACACUUGGGUUAUAUAUUCGGAGCUGAAUAGGAAGAAACCUGCCUUCUUACCAGUGCUGGUCGAGAUUGCUGAGUCGCUAAGUGAAAAAGGAAAGGAAUCUACCGCAUAUAAACGAUCCCGUCGGUCUGGAAGAUCAUCGAAUAGGUAUAAAUCAAUGACAAAUGUGGGAGAUCAUUUACUCAUAUAG